GGCACAUGCGCAGCUGUGAAGGGCGACUUCAAGAAAAUAGACAGGAAUUUACUUCCUUCUUUCGUCAGAGAAGUUUUCUGUGAGCUCUGGGAAGGAUAUUUGGUUAUUUAAAUUAUCAGACACAAAUGGCGUCUGCUGACACUUUCGGAAGUCAUUUGCUUGUAGCCGCAUUUGACUUUGGCACGACUUAUAGUGGCUACGCUUUCUCUUUCCGCAACGAUCCGACAAAGAUUCAAACCAACCAAGCGUGGAAUGCUGGUUCUGAAGCACUAUUGUCACUGAAAACACCAACAUGUGUUUUACUUAACCCGCAAAAAGAGUUUGUUGCAUUUGGGUUUGAGGCUGAAAAUAAAUACCUAGGUCUUGUUGAACAAGGGAAGCACAAACCUUGGAUGCUCUUUAGAAGAUUCAAGAUGCUGCUUCAUAACAAUGAUGGUUUAAACCGGAACGCGACGGUGAAGGACAUAACAGGCAAGAAGAUGCCCGCUAUGACAAUAUUUGAAAUGUCCAUUCGCUACCUUAGAGAUCAUCUUGUAGCAGAGCUUAAGAAGCAAGUGGGUGGAAUCUCAGAAUCAGACGUGUUGUACGUGAUUACCGUUCCUGCCAUCUGGACCGAUGCUGCAAAACAGUUCAUGCGAGAAGUGGCUGUCAAUGCUGGUAUUGACAGUGAUCGAAUCAAGCUUGCACUUGAGCCCGAGGCGGCCUCAAUUUGGUGUCAACAGAUCAACACAAGCCUCAAGACAGACCUCAGCAAGACCGGCAGUCAGUACAUGGUCGUAGACCUUGGAGGAGGAACAGCGGACAUUUCUGUUCAUGAAAAGAAUAUUGAUGGCACUUUAAAAGAAAUACACAAAGCAAGCGGUGGACCAUGGGGUGGUACCUGUGUUGACCACAAUUUCAUCAGCUGGUUGACCAAAAUAUUCGGGAAGACCACGAUGACCAGAUUCAAAGAGGAACAAAUGGAAGACUAUUUUGGGCUUCUUCGUGAGUUUGAGACGAAAAAGCGCACAGUUACCCCCGACACGGACGGACUUGUGACAUUUCGUCUGCCUUUCGGCUUACGGACAAUUCAUGUUGAAGUUGAAAAACAGAACAUUGAAAAAAAGCUUGAACGAAUGAAAAAUGCUGAUGGUGUUGCUUUGCAAGGAGACAAACUGAGAAUUUCGGCCAAAAUUGUUAGGUCUUGGUUUUCAGAAUCAAUCGAGAAAACAACACAGCACAUGAUUGUCCUUCUCUCUGAGAGAAAAAUGAAGGAAGUUUCUACCAUUCAGUUGGUGGGAGGCUAUGGUGAAUGCAAGCUUGUACACGAUUCAAUAAACAAGAAUAUAAAAGACAAAAACAUAUUUAUUCCACAAGAAGCUGGACUAGCGGUGUUAAAAGGAGCCGUGUGGUUUGGACAGAUGACUGGACUAGUUACAUCCAGAAUAGUAAAAUACACAUAUGGGUUUGCAUGUGAUGUCGAGUUUGAUGACAAAAUACACCCCGUGGAGAAAAAGAUAGUUAACUGCUUCGGGGAAGAAAAAGCUCAAGACGCUUUUUUAAGAGUUGUCUGUGUAGACACCGAGGUAAAUAUCGGAAAACCGAUUAAGGCUCCUGGGACACAUAUUAUGAGUUUAGAUGAAGAUGUUAAUUUGAAAGUGUAUACAUCCUCAGAGGCAAAGCCAGUGUUUGUGACUGAUGCUAAAUGCAAACUGUUGGGGAAAAUGUCGCUUGGAAAAGGAAGAUCAAAAGAAGAAAAUGAAAUAGAAAUUUAUUUUCUCUUCGGCGAAACGGAGUUGGAAGUAAGAGUUAAAAUGGUGAAAGAUGGCUCCGAAAUAAAGAAGGUCAUUGAUUGUUUAGCUGUCUAAGAUGCAAUGAAAAGAAAAAAACAUGUUAAAGCCAGAACAAUUGUAAAAUCCCUGCACAGUUCAAUAUUAAUUUCGAAAAUAAUUUCAAUGGUGACUUUUUUCUGAAACAUUAUUUGUUACUGCUUUCUCGUGUUUAAUAUUUCUAUGACAAUAUACUUAUGUUCAUUGGUUGAUUAAAACUUUAACUACAGAAUGCCAGCUAUCGAAAAUGAUCAAUGACUUCAGAGCUCGGCGUCCUGAUAUACAUUUCAGUUGGGUUUUUUUGCGGAUUUAGGGUAGCCAUCCUAGUAGCGGAAACCACUGACCCACAUCCUUGUUUAUAGGGUGAUAAAACAUGCUCCAGUAUAGUACAAGAAAUUGUAAAAACUUAAUGUUUCAGUGAUAACUUUAACGCAGCUGUUUUGUAAAACAUGCGCAAGCUCUACCUGAUGACUUACGUGGCCUACAUGUUUGA